AGAAGACGGCGUUCCGAACGGUCGCGUUUUUUCAUGUUCUCCGCUCCAAAGGAUUUAUCGGCCCCUGGCCGAGGUGCUGCUCAGGCGUCAGCCAGCAGCAAUGACUACCGUAUUGUGCUACCUCGUCUUCCUACCGGUACGCUGGUUGUGGACUCCGUUUUCCUGCAUGCUGACUUAGCUGGUCGACCGUACAGAGCCCAAGACUUCAGAGACGCCCUUCGGAAUGUUAUUGACCUAAAGGGAAUAAGUUCCAUUGGCCAAUUUCAGAUGUCGCACGUGUGGAUGGUGACGUGCAAGUCACCAAUGGCAAAAUCAAAUCUAGUCACGUGCGGGGAUUUAUCGGUGAAAGGAAGACGCUGCAUCGUCAUGGACCCUGAGCCCACGGAAGUAAAAAUGAAGCUUUUAUGGCUACCUGAGCGUUUGGAAGACGCCUACAUUCGAGAUUCACUCCAGGCUUACGGGAAAGUGAAAUCUAUAUCAGCAGAAAGCUGGAGAGUAUCGGAGAUGGAAGAAAUGCGUACUCUAAAUCGUGAUGUGGUGUUGUCUCUUGCUGACGGAGUAGGUGUGGGUGACGUUCCACAUCUACUACCUGUCUGUGGAGUGCAGAGCCUUGUACUGAUUCCAGGCAGACCCCCGCUUUGUCUCCGCUGUAACAAGGUUGGCCACAUUCGUCGCAACUGCAGAACUCCACGUUGUGAAGACUGCCGGCGCUUUGGCCACACAGCUGAAGAAUGUGUGGUAACAUACGCCGACAAGUUACGACAUAGGACACGACCUCCUGACGAAUGCGUGCAAGAACACAUAAUGGACGCCACAGAGGUUCUCGACGCGACCGGAGAUGUUCCUUGUGCCGCGGAGACCAGUUGUGCCGGCAAGUCUCGUCUAGAUGUAAAAGACAAUGUCAUCGCACAACUGCCCAAGGACAAGGAAGGUAGCAAAGCGACAGAUGAUCAGUCCAAGCAACAGUGCAAUGAGGCGCCCGUAAUCAAACAGCCAGUUCCUGCCCAGCAAGCUAAAGAAGCAGCCGAAAAUGAAUCAUCUGCUUCACCCAAGCUUCUCGACACGUGCCCUGUGCUGGUAGAGGACAGGCGAAGUAACGCGGAUACAUCAAUUCCGAAGCGCCGUGCGACAAACACAUCGGAAACAAGCACGGACAGCGACACGACCAGUACCACAAGAAAAGCACGUCGCCGCAAGACAUCGAAACACUCAGGAAAGUGCCGACGAUCACGGUCCAGGAGGCCUGGUGGGGGUUCGGAGGGAGCCUCACCGUUGCCCUCAAGGACCGACCACAUAGAUAAUUAGGUCCGUAUAGUGGUUAGUCACCAUGGCGCUGACACAGCAACUUCUCUUCGCAACUUUGAAUGUACGGGGCCUUAGGUCUUUGCAGAA